AUGGCAGCAAAUCCAAAUCCAGUUGUAUAUGGUAGUGCAAAAUACGUACGCUCGACAGAAGACGACCUAGAUUCUCCAGAAAGAGAGGCAAUUGAUUCCUUAGAAUUAUAUAAUUAUAUUCGCCUAAUUAAAGAUCCAGAACAUCCAUUUUCACUUGAACAGCUGCAUAUAGUUUCUCCUGAUGAUAUUAAAGUCGAUGACAAAGAAGGAAGAGUAAAUUUAGUAUUUACACCAACAGUUCCUAAUUGUUCACUUCCAGCAGUACUCGGAUUGUGCAUACGAGAGAGGCUUUUACAGGUAUUACCACAGAGAUUUCAUUCAAAAAUUUUCAUUACAGUUGCGAGAGGCAAGCACAUACAAGAAGACUCGAUAAACAGGCAAUUACGUGACAAGGAACGCUGCCUUGCUGCUUUAGAACGCCGAAAUAUCAGAACCAUGAUCGAUAAUUGUAUUGCAUGUGAUGAUGAAGAGGAAUAA